CCUGCGCACUGUGGACCCCGCGCGCCCUCUGGGACUUACCCAGCAGGCAACGCUUCAGUGUCGGGUCAAGAUGGCGGGCCGGCCUGCCGUUGCAGCAUCAGGCCGGUGGCUGGACGGUAUUCGAAAAUGGUAUUACAAUGCGGCAGGAUUCAAUAAACUGGGGCUAAUGCGAGACGAUACCAUCCAUGUGGAUGAAGAUGUGGAAGAAGCCAUCAGAAGGCUUCCCGAGAACCUGUACAACGACAGGGUGUUUCGCAUUAAGAGGGCGCUGGACCUGUCCAUGCGGCAGCAGAUCCUGCCUAAGGAGCAGUGGACGAAAUAUGAGGAGGAUAAAUUCUACCUUGAACCAUAUCUGAAAUAAGUUAUUCAGGAAAGAAAAGAGAAGAAUGGGCAAAGAAAUAAUCAUGGAAUCAAUCUGUGGAUGCACUUGUCCUCAGUAUUUUAAUUAUGUUGGUUAAACUUGAAAUGCACACUUUAAAACCAUCUGGGUUUCAAAUAUAUAAAUAAAUGUCUAUUAUAACUUU